UGUGAGUAGGUGUUGCCAUCUGCCUCCAAUUGCAGCAUGACCUGUCUGGUACCAGCUAGCAAGGAUGCUAUUCCAGUGCAGAGCAUCAAUCCUGGAUCAGAACUAAGGAAUGCAACUUAGUAACACAGCAAGGUACAGUCUAUAUUCUAUUCAUUCUAUGUGUGGAUUGCUUGUUAUGCAUGGGUUGCAUUCAGUAUAAUUAAAUGGAGGGGACAUCUGCUAGAUAGCUGCAUACAUUUGUCUCACUGUGCUGUGUAUUAAAUAGGCUUCUCAAGGUUAUAACACAAGGUUUAGCUGGAGCAAGAGCUGUACAAUUAAACCUGGGUCUGCAUAGCUGUGCUCUGUACAACCAACACGAGUUAAAUAGCAAAUGCAAGGUGUAUAGAGGCAAUGCUGCAAGGGGUUGGAAUCAGCAAUGGCUGUUUUAGAAGAAUCAUUAUUGGCAAAAUCUCAAAGGGAUGUUACAGACGGUAUUGAUUCAAACACUGUGCUGGUAUAGGAUAACCUGCAGUGAAAGGGUUAAACACAACAUGCAUGUUCGAUUUGCAAGUCAAUAUCCUAUUUAUUACUGAAAAUAAAUGUGUGUAUUAUGCACUAUUGAAAAAACAGCAUAGAAUAAUUUGAAGUGUCAUUGAAUGGAUCUUUUCUGUUUAUUUUUUUAUUGUAAUAUUAAAUAAUUAACAUUUAUAUUUUGCCUGCUUGUUUUCAAGGGGUAGCCAAGGGAGAAAGGACCCAGGUAAAGGAGAGGAGACCUAUUUUAGCAUCUUUAAUGUGUGUGUAUAUAUAUAUAUACAAUAAGCAGUCCAUUUGUGGGUGUUCAUUUUCAAAAUAUUUUUAAUUUAUUAAUAUAAAACUGUUUAACCCCUUGCAUUCUGAGCUACUUAAAAUGUAAGGAUUUUUUUUCAGUAUUUAAUUAUCACAAUUUAAUAUCUGAGGCUGGGUUUCUCAUUUUGAACCUUAAUGUUUAAGGUAAUGCAUAUAUAUUCAAUUGAACCCUUUGUGAUGGGAAAUUCAUAAUCCAACUGUUAAAAUAGGUGAAUAUUUUUAUAAAGUGUAUAUAGCUUAAAGGACGACUAUAGUGCCCUGAGGGUGCCCCCACCCUCAGGCUCCCCCUCUCGCCGGGCUCUGGGGAGAGGAAGGGGUUAAAAUCUUACCUUUCUCCAGCGCCGGGCGGGGAACUUUCCUCCUCCUCUCCUUCUUCCUUGCGACGUCAUUGGCUGAAUGCGCAUGCGCGGCAGGAGCCAUGCGCGCAUUCAGCCAGUUCAUAGGAAAGCAUUUACAAUGCUUUUCUAUGGACGCUGGCGUCUUCUUAUUGUGAUUUUCACAGUGAGAAGCACGCAAGCGCCUCUAGCGGCUGUCAAUGAGACAGCCACUAGAGGCUUUAGAGGCUGGAUUAACCCUCAGUGUAAACAUAGCAGUUUCUCUGAAACUGCUAUGUUUAUAAAAAAAAAAAAGGGUUAAUCCUAGCUGGACCAGGCACCCAGACCACUUAAUUAAGCUGAAGUGGUCUGGGUGCCUAUAGUGGUCCUUUAAAGGGACACUCCAUUGACCAAAUACAAAAAUAAAUGAUAAAAUCACCGUAUUGUAGAUAUGCCCCAAAGAAAACAUAAAUGUAUUUAAUUGUGCAUUUUAAUUGGGGUAUAACUAAACCUAGCUUGCAAAAGCUGCUGACCUUGUCUGCAGCAUUUGCAAGCCCUCCCCUUCUAACCCCACUCAGAUGUUCUGUGGCUGUCCAAUCACAGACUUCUCAAUGCAAGGCAGGUACUCUGGACAAUUGCUGCCUCUUGAGUUUAGCUCCACUGAGCUUUCCAAACCAGGAAGUAACAGAACCGGUAGUCUGAUUGACAGCCAGGGGGUGUAGCAAGGUUCAUUUAUAAAAGUGUUAAUUUAUAUUGAAAUCUGAAAAAUGAAAAAGAGGGCAUGCUCUUCACACAUAAAGCAGUUCAGAAAACUAAUGUGCUGAAGUGUCCCUUUAAGAAGAGGUCAGGGUUUCAAGAACCCCAGUUUAAACAGCCACCUGUCUGUAACAGACAGAAUGGGGGUAGAGGGAGGGACAGUAUCGCGGAAGACAAUGAGAUUGCUAAUUAAAUGUGAGUGAUGCGUCUAGGUACAAGUCUGAGUCCAGGGCUCAAUUCAGGAAUACUGACUGGAAAACCUGUUUAGGUCCAUUGGUAAUCAAAUGUGGCUGUGUGUCAGCUUAAAUAGAAUAAAGCACUUAUACUUGCCUCCAUAAAUCUCACAAGUGCUCUCUUUCAAAUAUAAUAACCCAAACUUGGGGUUUCAUAUACACAAUAAAUACAUAUUUUGGAAACAUAUUGCCGUUGAUGGGUUCUAGAGUUAUAAUAAACAGCAAGAACACAUUUUGAGUGGAAAUGUGAAUGUCUCUAAAACCACAUAACUACUAUACAGUUUUCUAUACUCUUUUCCCAUAAUACAUGCUUCAGUAUUAUCUUUCUUUUAUAUAUUGUUUGAGUUCCUUUAUUUUAAAAAAUAUAGCAGUAAGUUACAUAUGACCUACCCUGCCCGACACGUUCGAAAUUCAUCUCUGGGGCAGCAGCUGCUAUUUGUGGCACUUUCCUUAGAGAUAUGCUGGGAGAGGAGCUGUGACACCAGACAGAAUCUCACUGGGAUGUGCUGGAACAACAAAUCUGAUCCAUGGAGACCCCACCUCACAACUUGCAGGACUUAAAGGAUCUGCUUCUAAGAUACCCCAGGGCACGUUAAGAGGUCUUGUGGAGUCCAUGCCACGACGCAUAACAGUAUGAGUGGCACCUACACGAUAUUAGGCAGGUGGUUUUAAUGGUGUGGCUGAUCAGUGUUUAUGAUCUGGUGCUUGCCUGAGAUUUGGGCAGUGGUAUCUGAUGAAGUUUAAAGAUGGUGAGUUUAGCCCUUUAGCCCCAUGAGAUGCCAUGCCCUGUUCAAAGCCAUCUGUCUCUAAAAGCGAGAAUGGACCCAUACCAAUGCCAAUGUGGUAUUAGGCCUAGUUUAACCGUUGUAACUCUUUACUUUUAGGAUUGUCUUUGUGUCAGGCUUUCUUGGUGUUGUCCUACGGCUUUGUUAUCACUAGUAUAUGACGCUGUUACCUGCAUUAUGCCGACUUUAUCUCCUGAUAUUUUCUUUAUGCAAAUUUUUUUUUUUUUACAGUGAAAAUGGAAACUACAGAUAUAAUCAUGACACACACAUGUCUUUUCUAAUGCAUACUUAUCAGUAGUCCAACUAAAAAGAUUUUGCAAGAAAAUCUUGGGGGAGAGGGGGCAGUGCUCCCCUGCUCCUAUUAACCAUCCUCCACAGUUUAAGGCACUUUGCCUCACAAUGUUAUACACAGCGUGCAUUAAUGUCUGUAAUGCAGUGUGGCGUCACCCAUUGUGUAAUAAUGGAUUUGAAAUCGUCAUCUGUCUGUCGAAAUAAUGGUCAAAAUAUAAAAUAUACGUAUGCAUAUAUAAAUAUUAUUUCUCUGAGUGUUACUUUUCUUUCUUUCUUUUUUUUUUUUUAAUACAUAUUUAUAAUGUUUCAGUAUUGUCUAAAAAUGUUAAUUGCAGCUGGCAUUAAUGGAAUGAGUCUUUCGCAGACGUAAAUCGCAGCAUACAUUUUAUCAUCUUAGUCACAGUAACCAUACAAUGACAAAUGGUUAGAUGUUUAUGCAUCCCAUACUGAGCUGCCUUUGUGUGCAUGUCUUCUGAUCAAAAGCAAAUUAAAGAGACGUUUGUUAGCUUGAAUGGUAAAUACAAGAGAUUGACUUGUAAUUCUAAAGCUCAAAGGAAUAGUCCAACCUUUUUUGUUGUUGUUUUUACUUUUUCUACUGUAAGAGUUUAGAAAAUAAUAAAUUACUUUGCUUUUCUUUCUAAAUUCUAAAAAAUAUCUGAAUGAAAAACGCUGUUAGAGACAUUCCAUAUUGCAACAUCCUGAUGGAAGACUGAGGGUCGUAGAUGGAAAUAUACUUUUUACCCUUUUUCUAUGAGGUCACUGAUUGUCCCAAGACCGUUUUGUAGGCAUGAUCAAAGCACCCAUGUGUACAUGCAUUUUUUUAGUGGCUGAGUUUAGAAAGGGUACUUUGAAAGCAUAACCGACAAGCUUAUGUUGAUAUGCAAGAGUAUAAGACUAUUCGCUAAAGUGAGAAAUUGUAAUCAAAAUAAAACCAAACUACAAAUUUCAGGCCACAAUAAAGAAUUAAAAAAUUCUCCAACUUGGUUAUAGUCACAGCUCAGCUAUUAUAGCUUGAAUUGCACAAUUUAACAUUAAGUUCACUGGAACUCACUGUGUUGAACAAGCCACUAGUGUGUAAACAGCUAUAUGAUUACUCCACCUACCACGAACACUUCAAUGAUUUGAAGUGGUCAUGGUGGUAGGAGUCAAUAUGUACAGUGUUUCAGCUUUUAAACAUUGCACAUACUGAGAUAUUCUUAAAGGAUAACUAUAGGUUCAGGAACACAAACAUGUAUUCCUGGCCCUGUAGUGUUAAAACCACCAUCUAGCCCGUCUUGGGCCCCUCAUGCCUCCAUAAAUAUAGCAAAAUCUUACUGUAUUCAAGCCUGAAGCUGUAGAUCUGCAUGCUGUUUGCCUCAGAUAAACAAGCUGUCUGCUGGCAUCAUCAGAAGUGGUGGCCUGAUCCAAUCACAGUGCUUCCCCAUAGGAUUGGCUGAGACUGACAAAGAGGCAUAUCAGGGGCAGAGCCAGCACAAUUCAAACACAGCCCUGGCCAGUCAGCAUCUCCUCAUAGAGAUGAAUUGAAUCAAUGAAUCUCCAUGAGGAAAGUUCAGUGUCUGCAUGCAAAGGGAGGAGACACUGAAUGUUUGGAUGCAUUUUAGGCAGCCAUGACCCAGGAAGGAUCUCUAACAGCCAUCUGAGGAGUGGCCAGUGAAGUUAUCACUAUGAUGUAAUGUAAACACUGCAUUUUCUCUGAAAAGACCGUGUUUACAGCAAAAAGCCUGAAGGUAAUGAUUCUACUCACCAGAACAAAUUCAAUAAGCUUGUUCUGGUGACUAUAGUGUCCCUUUAAUUGUGUGCUGUGGGCUUAUUGCACCCACAGCACAUGUGACUUAGGCAGCCCUUCUGGGCUACCUUAUAUCAUUUCCGUGCAUAAUUUAGGUCUUUUAAAGAAGUAAAAAUGUUACCCUUUCAGGGUCUCUGAAAAGCUAGAUCUCCCCUCCCACCGUGUGGGCGCUCCCUGCUGCCUCCCUCCGUUGCUUAUUUGUCUCCCUCCCUCUGCCUCCCACCCUGACCUUGCCGACCUUGCAAUCUGAGGGUGACACGACCCGACGAGGGGCGCAGAAAAGCACAGCUGGGAGCUUUGCCCUGUGCUGAAUUUCAGUUAAGUAAAACCUUUUAUUACAGGGUUUAUAACACAUUGAGAGGGAGGACCUUCUAGGUCCCCAUCUCAAAAGGGUUAUAGUAACCUUCCAAUUGCCACAAUCCCUACUGGCAAUAGCACACUCCUACUAACAUCCAAUGGUUGCAGGCUAUAGCCUCAAAGCAUUUUCUACUGAUUACAAUGUUUGACAGUGCAUUGACAUCUCUGUUGGCAGAGUACCACAGAAGUGAAAAGGCUGGGUCUAAUUUAGUGUGUAUAUGUAUUAAAAUGUUUCUGAGUGUGUAUGCGUGUAUGUUAAUGAAUGUGUGUGUGUGUAUAUGUGUCCAUUUGUGAGUUAUGUACGAUCCUGUGUGGGUGUAUAUGAAUGUGCCUGUGUAUAUGUGUCUGUGUGUAUAUGGAUGGAAAUGUGUGUGUAUAUGAAUGUGCCUGUGUAUAUGUGUCUGUGUGUAUAUGGAUGGAAAUGUGUGUGUAUAUGAAUGUGAGUAUUCCAUAAUAAAAAGGGUUUUGGAGGGUGCAGAGUGACACACGUAAAAAAUACUGCAGUUCAUGGAUUGGUGCCAGAAUUAAUUUCCUCCCCGGCUGUCAUUUAACCUAGGAACGCCUCUGGGUCUAAACAAUGUUUUUCACUAGUGAGAGUUUAUUUACUAUUUUUUUAUGUGAGGUCUUUCUCAGUUCUGCUGUUUGAGUAGGUGAUAAAAGUGCUUUAAAGGUCAUAAGAUCAUUUUUAUCAGUGCAGAGUUUCAUUGGGCUUGCUGGCAUCCUCAAGCACUGUUCUGAAGAUGCACAGACUCUAAUACCCUAGCCCUAACUCAAAGAUAAUGUUAUAUAAAAGAUAUAUUAUAUAAAUAUAUAAUGUACUGUGAAGAAUUAGGACAAAAUCAUGCCAUUUAUAUUUACAUUUAAUUUUAUAAAGUACUCACUCUUACAAAUUUUAGUUCAUUCUAAUUAAAGUGCCAUUUACUGGGUAUAAAACUAUACUAGUUACAACAUAACUAAGUAAAAUAUUUAUUUUCUGUCUUGUGAAUCACAUCCUUCAUCUGAUAAUAUGCCAGUGUUAUUACUCCAGCAAUCUAUAAAGGGAAACUAACUCAUCACUAACAGAAAAACAAACUCAUUUUCCUGGCACUAUAGCUUCCCGCUCCGUCAAGGCCCCCCUGUGGUGCAGAAGGGGUUAAUUACCCCCUUCUCUCACUUACCUGGGUCCCACGCCAAUGUCCCUCGGCGCUGGCUCGGGUCCACCUUCACUCCUCCCCGCCGACAUCAGCCAUGGCUACGCUUGCAUUAGGAUUUUCCCACAGGAAAGCAUAGCAUGAGGACAUCCAGCAUCAUUUAGGCGACCAAAAGUCGCCUAAAGACCCGGACGUCCCUCUUGUGGUUGUCUAGUAGACAGCCACCAGAGGAGGUGUGAACCCAGGCAGGUAAUUAUUGCAGUGUAUUUAAAAACUGCAAUAGUUACAUGCUCAGGGUUAAGGGUGAUGGGACACUGCACCCAGACCACUUAAAUGAGCUGAAGUGGUUUGGGUGCCUACAGUGUCCCUUUAAGAAAACAAGUAUUUUAGGGAAGUCAUCCAAUUUGGCAUUCAUUAGACUUAAAGUACAUCUGUUAUGGCAAUCGUCAUAUGGAUUCACUUAGUAGAAAAUAAAUUUUUCUUUUUAUACAUCAUAUAUCGAAAUAGAGGAUCCCUCUAUAUUUUUGAAGUCCAUAGUAGUUACCGCUAUGUUAAACUACAAUUAUGCUGUCUGCCAAGUGUAGUACAGAGUCUAUAACAAUGCUUGACAGAGAGCUAAGAUGGAGGUGCCCCGUUGCAGGAUAAAAAUAUGUGGAUUUUUUGCCACAUUUAAUUUUAUUUUUCACACCUCACAAAUACAUACCAGUAAUUGUUAAAUAUGUAGGUAAAUAAACAGACCAUUUAAAAUUCUACAAAGUAAUGGUUCCCCUUUACGUUGUGUAGUGACUGAAGCCUGAGCAAGAGUAUGUGCAAACCUUCUCCAUAAUACUUCUCCAGGCGGAGAAGACAUACCACAAAAUAAUGCAAAAUGCGGACCUACAGUGAGGGAAAAAGGUAUUUAAUCCCCUGCUGAUUUUGAACGUUUGUCCACAGACAAAGAAAUGAUCAGUCUAUAAUUUUAAUGGUAGGUGUAUUUUAACAGUGAGAGACAGAAUAACAAAAAAAUUAAAUCCAGAAAAACACAUGUCAAAAAAGUUAUAAAUUGAUUUGCAUAUCGAUGAGUAAAAUAAGUAUUUGAUCACCUUUGAAUCAGCAAGAUUUGUGGCUCCCAGGCAUCUUUUAUACAGGUAACGAGCUGAGAUUAGGAGCACUCUAAUUUCAGCUCGUUACCUGUAUAAGAGACACCUGUCCACAGAAGCAAUCAAUCAAUCGAUCAGAUUCCAAACUCUCCACCAUGGCCAAGACCAAAGAGCUGUCCAAAGAUGUCAGGGACAAGAUUGUGGACCUACUCAAGGCUGGAAUGGGCUACAAGACCAUUGCCAAGCAGCUUGGUGAGAAGGCGACAACAGUUGGUGUGAUUAUUCACAAAUGGAAGAAACACAAAAUAACUGUCAGUCUCCCUCUGUGGAGUUUCAGUGAUCAUGAGAACGGUGAGGAAUCAGACCAGAAAUACACGGGAGGAUCUUGUUAAUGAUCUCAAGGCAGCUUGGACCAUAGUCACCAAGAAAACAAUUGGUAACACACUACGCUGUGAAGGACUGAACUCCUGCAAUGCCUGCAAGGUCCCACUGCUCAAGAAAGUACUUAUACAGGCUUGUCUGAAGUUUGCCAAUAAACAUCUGAAUGAUUCAGAAGAACUGGGUGAAAGUGUUCUGGUCAGAUGAGACCAAAAUCGAGCUCUUUGGCAUCAACUUAACUCGCCAUGUUUGGAGGAGGAGGAAUGCUGCCUAUGACCCCAAGAACACCAUCCCCACCAUCAAACAUGGAGGUGGAAACAUUAUGCUUUGGGGGUGUUUUUCUGCUAAGGGGACAGGACAAAUGCACCACAUUAAAGGGAUGAUGGACGGGACCAUGUACUGUCAAAUCUUGGGUGAGAACCUCCUUCCCUCAGCGAGGGCAUUGAAAAUGGGUCGUGGAUUUGUAUUCCAGCAUGACAAUUAUUACUAUUAUUUUAUUUAUAUAGGGCCAGCAAAUUCCGUAGCGCUGUACAAUGGGAUGAACCAAAACACACAGCCAAGUCAACAAAGGAGUGUCUCAAGAAAAAGUACAUUAAGGUCCUGGAGUGGCCUAGCCAGUCUCCAGACCUUAAUCCCAUAAAAAAUAUGUGGAGGGAGAUGAAGGUUCGAGUUGCCAAAUGUCAGCCUCGAAACCUUAAUGACUUGGAGAGGAUCUACAAAGAAGAGUGGGACAAACUCCCUCCUAAGAUGUGUGCAAACCUGGUGGCCAGCUACAAGAGACGUCUGUGAUUGCCAACAAGGGUUUUGCCACCAGGUACUUAGUUGAAUGGGGUCAAAUACUUAUUUUACUCAUUGACAUGCGAAUCAAUUUAUAACUUUUUUGACAUGCGUUUUUCUGCAGUUUUUUCUUUUUUGUUAUUCUGUCUCUCACUGUUAAAUUACACCUGCCAUUAAAAUUAUAGACUUGUCAGUGGGCAAACGUUCAAAAUCAGCAGGGGAUCUAAUACUUUUUUCCCUCACUGUAUAUACUGAGGAGGUCCCACGUGUAUAAAAGUUGUAGUUUUUGAUAAGCUAUUUCUAAUACAUAUCUGUCGUGGAAUAAAAGUCUUUGAGAUCUCAACAAUGAUGUGAUCUCAACAACUGAGCUUACAGAUAGUUUAUUAAAUAUCCAAGACUAAGGAGUAGAAUAGGAAACUGAUAUUGAUUUAUUAAUGAAAUGAAGCCAGUAAUAACCUACUCAUGGUUGAUGGUAUUAGUUGACUGCAUCUGCUGGAUUUACACUAAAGAACAAUGUCGAGUUGCAAAUACUAACCUUUACGUGCCCGUGGGAGGUCUGAUUGUGUACAUUGUCUAGAGCUUUGCUGAAUAAGAUGAUGGGUGAAAACAGAAGCAUGGAUAUGUAAAAAUGAGUGGGAAGUUAACACACACUCUGAGCACUCGAUGUAAUUAUUGAGAAUUGUUGUUUUAAAGGUUACAUGAUGUAAUGUGAAUAAAUCGUUUUUGUAUGUGGAGUCCGCCUGCAGAAAGUCCUGUGCUUUCCAUUUUGGGAUUUAUUUACUAAACAUUAAAUUGUAGUGAAUUGAAAAAUGGUUUGCAAAAUGUAGGCUAUAGCAGCUGGCUUGAAAAAAUCGCCAAUUCGGCUUCAGGCACAGCUGGUCUGUUUUUACCUAUAAUUUUUCCGUUCAGAUUACGGAAUGAAUAAAAACCUCAGUGUUCCAAGCUGCUGUUUUCGGAUGUGCCGUCUGUCUUUUGCACCUGGCAGUCCCUGUAGAGAAAUUACACAGAGAGCAGGGGAAAUUAAACAAUGUUACAGCUUCUCCUCCUUAUUUGCAUUGUAUGCCCUACCUGUGCCCAACCUGAACUGGAUUGUGAUGUCUGUUUCUAAAUGUUUAAAUUAACUUCAAAGAAAAAGAAGCGUCACAUGAUAAGGGUAAACACAAGUUAUGGAGAGAUUUAUGUACUUGAGUAAGAAAUUAAAGCUCUAUUCACUCCUAUGGACUGGAAGACACACAGUCCAGGGAGCUGUAAUCCUUACAACGACUUUCCCUGCUGAAUCCUCCAUGAGCUGGAACAAAGUGCUAAGCAGUGAUCAUAGCCCUUUCCCCUCCCAGUAACUAGACAACAUAGUUCUGGGAGUACAACUGAACUGAACUCUUUAAUGAAACAUGGUACAUGGUACAUGAGUGGCUAGAGGUUCCCAUCCUUUCCCAAACCACUAAAAUGGAUUGACACUGAACCAAAAAGUAACCAAGUACAACGGUCUGUAGUGGUUAUAGUGCUAGACAGCCCCUUUAAUUCUUCUCUCCCGUCUCGAACACUUGUUAUCAGAUACUAGUGGGUUUUGGUUUUUUUGUGUACUGUUUUACGGUUUGCAAAAGUGUGUACCAUAUCUGAUAUCAUCAAAUGCUUUAUGCUACAUUUAUUAUGGUGUUAUGUUUAAUAUUGUUUAAUUUAAAGGACCACUAUAGUGCCAUUUUCCUGGCACUAUAGGAUCUUUGGGUCCCCCCCCCCACCCUCAGGGUCCCCCUCCCACCGGGCUCAAGAGGGGUUAUGGGGUUAAACACUUACCUUUCCCCAGCGCCGGGCUCCCUCGGUGCUGGGGACUCUCCUCCCUCUUCCGCCGAAUGCGCAUGUGCUACAAGAGCCGCGCAUGCAUUCAAUCAGUCCAUAGGAAAGCAUUUCUCAAUGCUUUCCUAUGGACGGCAGCGUCUUCUCACUGUGAAAAUCGCAGUGAGAAGUGCGGAAGCGCCUCUAGCGGCUGUCAAUGAGACAGCCACUAGAGGCUGGAUUAACCAUAUUGUAAACAUAGCAGCUUCUCUGAAACUGCUAUGUUUACAGCUGCAGGGGUAACCCUAGAUGGACCUGGCACCCAGACCACUUCAUUGAGCUGAAGUAGUCUGGGUGCCUAUAGUGGUCCUUUAACUGUAUAUUACUACAUAUCCCAGGGAGGAAUCAUCUGAACCUAUGCUAAUCAGAGAAAUAUAAGGGGUGUAGCUACAGAUACAUAUUAAACAGUAUGCUUCUAACUAGCCUUCAAGUAAAAAAUGGGCAUCCCACUGUGUUGUGGUCGUGACCUAAAUAUGAAUAUUAAUCUCUUAAUACAUAAUAAUUAAGCAAUACGGAACAACAUUAAUAUUUUUAUAAUUCAUGGUAUUAUGGUCGAAUAUGUGGAUAGAAAAUACACAAAACAUUGUAAUAUUAAAUGUAUAUUUAAUAUAACUAUAACAAAUAAACAGAUGCUAGCAGAAUGUCAAUUUACUACAAUUAUGAUACAAUACAAAACUACAACAUAUUACUUACAAAAGGUUGCUACAUGUUACACAAAAGGCUAAAUGUUCAUUUUACUUACAAGGCCCCAGCCCUUUGGCUGGGGUUAAGUCAGAGCUGGUACUACAUCUUAGGUUCAGUCAGUUACAGGCAAAGGGACAGAGUUUUCUCCUCCAUCUGGUUUUAUUCAGUGUAAGUAGGCUGGCCUGUGAUGUCACUGCCAGAAGCACAUGUCUUCCUACACACUCCCCCUAGUGGUGCCCCCAAAGCAUUACACUAAAUAUGCUUUCUUUAUGAUGUAAAGUCAUUAAUUAAUAAAUACCAUUACAAACCACCCUUUGACUUAUGUCAUAAAACAAGCAUUUAUAAAACCAGUACAUUUUGAAUCUUCCCCAUUUUAACACUACCUGCCCUACAACAAAACCCACCUUUUGAAGAACGAUACCCAUUUACCCAUUAAUUAUUACCCAUUAACAUUUUAUUGCUUAUAUAAAUGUUCACCAUUGAGCACAUGCAUUACCAGUUGGGAAAUAGGCACAUACCCACCCUUAUAAUAAUGAACAACUCAAACCAUGUUUUAUUAGAUUAACCAAUGAUAUUGUGUUCAUGUGAGGAUGUGUUUUGGAGCUUAAUAUAGUAUUAGACACCACAAACUCAUAACACCUAUGAAUCAUGGCACAGACCGACUCGAUUUCUGUAGCCUCUGGCUGGUCUGUGUGCCUGGAAUUUUCACAAACAUUAGUCCUGGAAACUGGAUACUCUAUUCUUCGACAGUCUCAUAGAACAUACUCAUGGAGACAGGGAUGAAUGAAACAGUUCAUGUGAUCAAGGACUUUUGUGUGUUUGUGGUCACAUUGUUUUGUUUUUUCUUUCUUUAUACCAUUAACCACCUUGACAUAACAGUUUCCUGCUCCUGAUGCAUUUUGUUCCGACUCUCACCACUCUUAGCUGCAAUAUUUUUUCUCCUUACAGCAACAGUUGAGCAUAGUGUCCAGUGCUUCUUCUUCUUCUGCUUAAAAUAUCCUUGCUUGAAAGUUCUUGAAUGAAAACACAGGCAAUGACGAACACAAACAUAAAUAAUAACUGUGCCAAUCAUCACAAGUACCAUUUGAUUGUGGUGUCUUAACCAUAUUUUUUUCCUAUGGCGUUUGGAUAAAUACCUACACACCUCUCUUCACAUCCAGCACACUCCUGAUUCACAGAUAAACACAAUGUCACUACAGUAUCGACCAAUUUAACCCAAACACUCGUUAUUACUGCUGCAUUUACCAAUUUAAUCUAAACACUCGUUAUCAUUGCUGUAUUUAACCAAUUUAAUCUAAACAUUAACCAAAACAAUUACAUUCCUAUUUACCACCCUUCUAUUUAAACAUGUAUAGAUAACCCAAAAUGCCUACUUUCUCUUAUCCCUCUUAUUUUUUUGUUUUUUGAACUGCAACCACUCAUGCACUUUACACAGACACAAAUCAAGCACCUACUGGACAAUGGGGUUCCCUCGUUAGAGCCCUCCCACCCCAGUUUGGUUUACACAAAAAUACCCCCUGGUCCCUAUGGGUCAAUUCCCCCCUUUCCCAGGCAAGCAUACAUACAUACAUACAUACAUACAACAAUAAUACAUAAGGGUUUCAAUUGCAAUACAAUCACUAGAAAUAAGAGAAUAGUAUGCACAAAAUCAUAGCAUAGACAUGUUAAAUAGACAAUAAAAUAAAACAUUCAAUAGCUCAUCAAAGGUCAACAUUUAAACACUGGUCUCCAUCUGAUAUUCUAUCUGUGUUCCAAUGUCCACCCCUGGUUUCUGCUAUAUCUGAAAAAGGUAAGAAAACAGAUCAGGAUUACUUUUCCUUGUCACUUAUAGCGUAUACUGCCAAAUCCUUUACUUAGCAUAUAUACAUAUAUACACAUAUAAAUACAUUCCCUAAACUUUUCAUUUUAUAAACAAUUUGUUCAACAAGGUAACUUUCUUAAUUUUCUACUUGGCUCUUAAAAUAAACAAUCAGCUAAUAGCUGCUUUCUGCAUCUUCUCUGCAAUUCAGGAAACACAUUUCUAGCCAACCUAAACAUGUUUAAUAACUCUCCACCCUUUGGUUAAAUUAUAGAGGAGUGAACCACAACACCUCUUCCGCCUCUGAAAGGAUAUAGGUCAAUAUGUCUCAAAGUUCAACACUUCUGACAGCUAUGAGUGACUCCCUAUUAAUUUCUAGCCUUUCCACGGACAUGCUUGCACCUCGCGGCUAAGGGCCUGCACAACUAACCACCCUGUGAUGGCAGUGGCUUUCCGCAUGGGGGUGACCGCCCCCGCAAAAUUAUAGAGGAGCAAACAUACAGCAGCCUCUUUUCCGGCUCGAUUAAAGGUUCUGGGCCAAUAUGUCUGCAAUUUAACCAGUACACUCACGUAUCACUUAUUGUAUAUUUCCUGGUCUCUCAGGAAUUUCUAUUAAAUAGCGUAUCCCCUUCCCAGGGCAAUAUACAACAAAAACUAGUCACCAAGGGUCUCUAUGGUCAUGAUAGGCCACCCUACCACUAGUGUAAUACGCCCUUUUUUUAAAAUAUAUUUCCUGGUCUCUCAGAGAUUUUGCCUAUCCCUUUCCCAGAGCAAUAUAUAUAAACAAUUACAAAUAAGUUACAAAACGCUACUUAUAAGUAAUACAGGGUUUCAAAUAAUAAUACAGGAUAGAACUGCACAACAACUAUUGGGUAUGCUCCCCCUUAUCCGGACACGUUUAAAUACCCCCUAGCUCAGGUUCCCCACCCGCUACUGUAACUAAAAUCACAGCCCACGUUAUGGAGGUUCACCCGCUAGGCAGAUACACCCUAAUUCAAAGCAUGGAAAUAUUAAAAUCAGUUAUAGAUGGCUUCUAAAAUAAUAUAAAUCUUAAUCUGAGCCCCUACACUUACUUUGUUAAAAAUGCUAACUUGUUAAAAUAUUCAGACUAAAUAGGACAAAGGAAUUAUUUUACCAUUUUUUCAGUUCAUUUGUUACCAGUUCCUGCAUAUGUCCAGUAAUUCCUUAGUCCUGGAUAAUAAAGCUGAAAAACACUCCACAAAUUGAUUAGUUUAGGCAAUUACAUUUACAAAACAAUGCAGUUUAUUUUUUCUCAUACAGGCAAGACUACCCACCCCCAACAAGGACAAAUUCUCCCCCAGCUGUAGCUGAAAAGCAUGGUCACACAGCUGUUAAAAAGGUGGUCUCUCCUUCAUGAGUCAAAAUCAUAUAUAUAUUUAUACUAAUAUUCUGUGUAUACGCACACAUAAAUCUAUUAUUCACUGAAUCUGCUUUACUAAACGUAUCUUUUUCUUAACUACUAAUUUAAUAAAUUUUGUCCAAAUCUCUUUUCAACUAGACAAAUCCAUGAAUGCCAAACAAAUGUAAAUUAGUACACAAACAGGGUCAAAUUUAGCAAUAAAACCUGGUGAACUAGUUUAGUGAAAAGUCUUUUCCUAUGCAAAUGGUAGCAAACAAUGAAACUAGGCCUCAACUCAUUCACACCAUGUGGUCAAUGGUGGAUUAAAAUCCACAUGGUCAGACAAAAAGUAAAAUUGUUUUUUGUUUUAUAUAUAAAAAUGACCAAAGGUUGGUAAAACGUAACAAGCAACACAAUAAUUCAUCACUAUGUUCUACAACAAGAGAUACCUUAAAAAACAAAUAUCUAAUCCCUAUCUGCUAUCUGCAUUCAUUCCAUUAAAACCAAAUCAUCAUUCAUUUAUUCAUUUGUAUACAGACAGACAAUUUACAGUAUGAUGUAAGCAAAAUGCAUAACAUUUAUAUUUUCCCCAAUAUUCAAGCAUAAUCCUGCCGACUACGCCAAAUGUUGUGGUCGUGACCUAAAUAUGAAUAUUAAUCUCUUAAUACAUAAUAAUUAAGCAAUACGGAACAACAUUAAUAUUUUUAUAAUUCAUGGUAUUAUGGUCGAAUAUGUGGAUAGAAAAUACACAAAACAUUGUAAUAUUAAAUGUAUAUUUAAUAUAACUAUAACAAAUAAACAGAUGCUAGCAGAAUGUCAAUUUACUACAAUUAUGAUACAAUACAAAACUACAACAUAUUACUUACAAAAGGUUGCUACAUGUUACACAAAAGGCUAAAUGUUCAUUUUACUUACAAGGCCCCAGCCCUUUGGCUGGGGUUAAGUCAGAGCUGGUACUACAUCUUAGGUUCAGUCAGUUACAGGCAAAGGGACAGAGUUUUCUCCUCCAUCUGGUUUUAUUCAGUGUAAGUAGGCUGGCCUGUGAUGUCACUGCCAGAAGCACAUGUCUUCCUACACACUCCCCCUAGUGGUGCCCCCAAAGCAUUACACUAAAUAUGCUUUCUUUAUGAUGUAAAGUCAUUAAUUAAUAAAUACCAUUACACACUGCAAAUAAGACUUUGUGGGUUCUACAUACAGAUGUGUCAAGAAAACAUGUCUUUCCUCAAGCAUUUAUGCAAAGAAGCCCUGAAUAAAUUUGGUAACAGAUGUGUUGGCUUCUACGUAGUAAACAAGAUGUACAAGUAACCAUUACAGCUUACAGCAAUUCACAAGUGAGCAAACCGCUAAUGGCAAAACAACUAAGUAUAACUUAGUAAUCACAAAACACAGACAUUUGGAAGCCCAUAGAAAAAAUGUAUGUGUUUAUAUUAUAUGUUGCCUUGAGAAGAUUCUAAUAGGUUUAUUAAAAAUUCCUUAUCUCCAUCAAAUGUAUAAAGUUACUAAAAUGUAUUUCAUUAUUUAAAUGUUUUAUGUUUUUGCAGGUGCGGUUUUAUUCAUAUGUUACGGGAAAAAGAAAUAUAAGGUUUUGACCACAGUCUGUAAACAAAAGUGCCUACGUUGGCAUCCUCACAGAUUUUUUCAAAUGUCAGAAUGCAAAAGAGAUUUUUCGGACACUGUAGAAGACAAAGAAUUACAUGAAGCUCAAUGUGUAAGAGACAAGAGUCAGAAUAAUGAGGUUAUAAAAUCCCUUCGCGGGUAUUCAGCCAUGAUGUUCCUCAGAAAAGGUAAACACAAAAGAAAAAAGAGCAGAAGCAGUCUGCGAAAUCUCUCCAUAGAGUUCAAAGAAAACGAGAAGUUACCACUGGCAGUGGGUGCAAUGACCAAGAAGUGUGAAGUUUUAGGGUUUGAAGAGGUUUCCAAUGAAUUUACUUGCACAUCGUCGAUUACAGACUCCUAUCAGCGAAACACUAAUAGAGAGUCCAGGUACUCCUUCCGAAAAUUGGAUGAUGGAACCUUUGCCAUAGAGAGGAAGAGCUCACUUGAACUUAAUCCAGAAAAGUCUGACCAUAAAAACACAAAACGGUCUAAAAAGAUGUGUCACCAGAAAGGACGUUAUGCAUGUACACCCAAUAAAAUCUGCUUUAAAAAAAGAAGCAAGACUCAUAGAAAUAGUUCAGAUUCAAAUGAUGAUAAACCUAUGUCUAAAAGCUGCACAUCUGAAAAUGACGGAGAGGGGGAAUGUCCACAGCACGAUGAGUCAAUGUGCAAAACAUGGGCAAGUUUUAAAAAGAUGGUAACAAGGAGAAAAAAAACGCAUUCUUCCUUAAAAAAACAGUCCCACCAGAACUGCCCGCACCCUGAAGCCAACACGAGGAAAAAUUGCAGUCAAUGUGCUUCAAACAAUAAAGGGUUCUCCAAACUUAAGAUUCCAUGCAUGACAUUUUACAGAGGAAAGAAGUCUUCAGAUAGCAUCAGUUCAGCUGAAGAAACAUCUUUUGUUGCGAAACCCUCAAACAUGCAGACAGAAGAGCCAGGAUCUGACUGUGAAAGAAGUGAUAAAGCUUUGGCAAUCAAAUAUAAGUUACAAAGGUCUCUAGAUGCGGAAAAUGGGGAAAUCGGCAGCGAUGUUGUUCAAUGUCCAUUUAAUUCUACAGUUGAAUUGCAGCCUUUACCUAAACAGAAGAAGAGCAUGGAUGAACUUACAGUAAACUCAGAUAUAACAUCUGUAGAUAAAGCAGCCAAGGGGAAAAAUGCAUCUAAUGGGGAUUAUGGUGGUAAGUCGGAAGAAAGAGAAAUGGAUCAUCCUUCAGAUGAUCUCAAAGAAGAUUCUGAAGUGAACAUUAACUCUGCGGAACAAAUGCUACAUGGUUGUAUGAUAAAAUGUUAUGUAGGUGAAAAACAAAUUCAAGAUACGGUCACUUCUGUACCAAAAGCAGAUGUAUCUCAUGAGGAUAAUCAUAUUCAACCAAUCACAGAAAGCAAGAACAUGGAAAAUACAGAGGUUGCUCAUCUCAGCAAUCUGAUUUACAGCAAAGAUAGGUUAAAUGUCUCUUUGAUCAAUGACCUCUCAAAUCAUAGUAUUGUAAUCUCAGAUCCAUAUGAGAUUAUGCUGAUGACAACGGCCACUUCUCUUGUGAAUAAGGUUAUUCAGUCAUCCAUUCAGCAGCUAGUGGAUGAAGGCGCUUUUCUCAACCACGCACCGAGCAAGCUUUUACCAAGACCCUCGUUCUGAGGAUCAAAGGUAUGGAAUUCAAAAUUCACUUUUUGAAAUAAUUCCUAAUGUCCUUGUUUAUCUUCAUUAUAGAUUUUUAAAUUCUAUAGAGUAAAAUCUAUUGCGUUGAAUUUAAUUGUGACCCAAUAUUUACGGACUAGUCUCAUCUGGUUUUACGUAUGUUGAGCUUCUAUUUGAGUUACGAGGAGUUUGGGGUUUCUCUUUCGCAGUUUCCCCUCACCCUCCUUUUGCUUCAAUAUGUAGAAAUUUACUAUCCCUCUUUUACACGGUGUGUUAUUACACCCUUCUACUGUGGUGUGAUGAGGUAGUUUAGGAAUAGGCUUAAUUAUUGUGAACUAGCAACUGUAUUAACUGGCUUAUACUAUACUUUUAUAUGUUUCCAUGACUUUCAUCUGUAGACACUGGCCCUCUAUUUAUUUCUCUUGGCCCAAUAACAUUUCAUUCAAUAGAGAAUACAGGAAGCAUUUUAAAAAAAUAUUAAUAAAUAGAUAAUUUAAAUUAUUAUUUUUUUUGCUGUUAUUGUUUACAACAACUUAGGAUAAAUCCUUGCCUCUAUUGCAAAGACAGCUGGGCCAUUCAAUUACUACAUGUGUGCACUAUUCUUUGUUUGUGUGCGCACAUUCUUCAGGUAAAAACUGUGGCUUAUCCUCCUUUUAAUUAUUUUCUGUUAAUAAAGCUAUUGCAAAUCUUUUAUUUGUUUUCCAUUCUGUCAAUCCCACUAAAUCCUAUGUUGUAGGAAUAGAAAGCAGGCAAAAUAGUCCAAUAUGCAAAAUAUCCUUAAACAAAAUGCAAUCAUUAAAAGUGGGUUUGUUAGAUAUUUGGAAUAUUUGUUUUAAUUUUGUAGUCUUUCUUUUUACAUGAAUGACCUUUUUUUUCUGUAAUUUUUGCAGGUGUAAUCGAUGGAGCGUAGCCAUGCCAGCACCAUAUCUGGUGUCCGAAAUAUUGCUGCUUCUUGUGUUGUGCUUAAUGGGGCAGAACGACUAGUAUUGGCCAUUCAGUAAAUCCAUUGAAUCUCUGAUCCCCAGCAAUCUUUUACAGACAUGCAGGAUAGACACCGUGCUCAUAAAGCAAGUAGAAUUUAUAAAUUCUAAAAAUGGAUAAAAACUCAGUAGUUCGACCUGUAACUAGUCAAAGCUCACGUUUCAUAUAUGUUUUAUCUCACUUGUGCCAUUACAGAGGGUUUUAUAAUUUUUUGGGGUCAAUCGUUUUAUAUGAGAUAUUUGCGGUAUUUGCAGAAAACAACGCAUUGAUAUUAAUUGCUCAACAAAUACAUUUUUAAAGGUAAAUCCCAUACCACAAUAGGAUAAACAAAUAAUAAGAGAGGAAUCACAUACACAUAUGCAUGGAGAAUUUGUGGUGUAAGAGGAUCUUUAUUCCCACGUCUCAAUGGUGUGAACAACUGUCAAGCAAGGCAUCUUAUUGGUGAUAACAGUAAGACAGAAAAUAUAUACAUAUGGAAAACUUGCAAUGUGAAAGGGUUUGCAAGAGUUAUCAGAGUAUUAGGACUAUACUUGCUUAUGGCACAAAAAUGUAAUUGUGUAUUACUAUCAUUAAAGUUACACAUUUAUAAAACAGCAAACAUGCGUUGAAGAAGGAAGCAAGCGCACUAAGCAGGCUAGGUUAUUUAGCCAAUUCCCCAUUUAGAGACCUGGGCUUGAGGCAUACGAUCAAUGGAAAAUGGGAGCCACAGCCCAGGAUCCAUAUCAUGAGGUCUGGGUAAGCCACAAGCCAGCCCCUAGGUAAAGAUACAGGCAAAAACACAAUGCCGACAAGUCUGAUGAACUCUGCAGCCCGUACUGUCCUUAUACUCCGAAGUUGAUAAUGGGAUAAAAAGUGGCAUUAAUUCACCAAGCUGCACCAAUGUCCUCCCCUCCUUCUGGGGUAGUUGCAAAAUAAUGGUGGUAUGGGGAGGUACACCGCCUGGUUGCCUGUCUCCUAUGGAAUGGCAUAGGCUGUGGUAUCUUCAAAGUGAAAGUAUGAAAUGGGCCCUUAGAGGUCUUCAGCGCAGUCUGAGCAACAUAGUCCUUUCUCCAAAUAAAUGCACCUAAACUCUCUACUUACUGUGGUUGGAUCGGCAUUCGAGCCUUAGUGUUUCUGCAAAGCUACAGUUGUUCCCAAAAUGCAGAACAUGGAUUUGUAGGAAUUGAGAAAACCUUCCACAUGCUUGAGAAAUCAUCAAUACAUGCCAAGCUGCCAUCGUGGAUGAGUAGCAAAAGAAUUACAAGCUCAUAUACCAGAAGCAUACUCUCAGUUGAGGAACACCCAUUGUAUGUGCUGAUAUAACUUUCACCAACAAGGGGGAAAAUAGGGAACUCUGCAAAGACUUCCAGUGUCCAUUAAACUCAGUCGAGAAAUUUGCCACCUUCCUCACACAAUUAGACAGCAAGUAGGCCACCUGACUAGCCCAACAGAAAGCAGGUUACUCAGAGGUGCUUGUUUGGUGAGCCCACAAGAUUGUAGAAUAUUGGUAAUAAUUGCAGUAGCAGUAAAUGCAAACGGAUAGACCUUAAAUACCGUAUAAUUUUUUCUCUCAGAGCUCCAUCAACAUCUGACUCGGCAUCCCCCCCGUUUCCCCCCACCAUAAUCCAAAUGCCGAUAUGUCCCCGCUGAACAAGACAUGCAGCAGCAUCCCAUCCAUAACAGAUAUGACUAUACUAUACCACCAAGAAAAAUUGUCAGCUGCCAAAUGAAAUGCUUCUACCAAAUUCUGUUCAAAUAGCCAUACUGUGACUUUCCUUCUAAAGUGCACCUAACUGCCCUAGUACAUAGAGAUGCCUAGAUGAAUAGACUUCUGCAAGCCUUUUAGUUUGUCCAUGACAGCUAGACUUGCCUUGUCCCCUCGCACAACAUGUAAGGAUAUUGUCAUUAAACAGUAUAAAAUUGUGUAUCAUUUUUACAGAUAUUGUGCUACAAACAAUUCUUGUCUACUAUCAAGCAGAAUCUGUUAAAUAAAAACAGACCAACUUAAAGGGCUUUAGGACUGGUAAAUAUGAACUGGUAAAUAAAUGUAAAGUUUAUUUGUGUGGACAUUUCUGAUCAUGUAUAGGAAUCUUAUUAGGUAUGUGAAUAAGAGAUAUAGAUUAUGCAUCUGCUCCUCAAGGUAAACAAUAAUAUCAAAGAAUAUCUUCAUAUACUUGCAUUCAACAGAUUAGAAUGCAGUUGUAUAUAGUAAUAUUGUCAUGUAAAAGAAACUAGACUAAAAUACAC